AUGUUCGUUCACGAGCAGUCGCAGGAGGACGAUAAGUCGAAACCGUGCUCUCAAGCGGCCUUGCGACAAUGCGCGUCGCCACAAAGCCGCGACGGGCCAUGCGACGAGCCUGCGACGGUCGCGUGCGACAGUACCGAUCGCACGGUACCGAGCGACCGGGAGCAGACUAUCGCACGCAAAGAGCCUGUCGCGUCGGAGCGUCGUCAUUCGGAAAAAGGCGUCCCGUUGGCGAUAGAGACGCAGGUCGCGGAUGCGCAGCUCGCGCGUGUUCCGGAGCCCGUAGCGCCCCAGUCAUCGCCACCUAACUCCCCGCGUUCCCCGCUGGCGGAGGCCCAGCCCGCCGCAGACUGCGCAGUGUUAUCGCGGACAGAGCUCGAGAACGGAGAGCGGGAAGUAGGGUCGAUUUCCGAUGACUCGUCUGGUCCGCAAUCUAGUUCCCCUUGUCAGCCCGACGCGGAUGUCAGUCCUACGCUGGGGGCGGGGCAGUCCGCGCCGUCUGCGCAGCAGCUUCCGCAAUCGCCGCGGGUGGAGUCGCAGCAGCUCCCCCAGUCUCACCCGCACGCGCAGCCUAAGCAGCCGCACGAACAGCAGGAGGAGCAGCACGGGGGGGUUAUGGAGGUAAUGUCAGAGCCGAUCGGAGUGGAUAUGUCGGGUUUCUCUCAUUGGGAAUCCCUCUCUGCGCCAUACCCGCCCCCAGCUUCCGCGGAAAGCGCAAGCCUUGUCAACCUCCCGGCGUUCGCGGGUUCCGCGGGACAUGUAGGCAGAAUGGGGAGCCUCGCGCUAAGCAACAUGUUUGCGCUACCCUCGUCCGCCUCCGCUGGUGCGCCCCCGCUGUCCGCGUCCGCUGAUUCGCUCCCCCAGACAAGGAAGAGGCCUGGGCGACCGCGGAAGUCGAUCGCCCCCGCGGCUGGUAAGGGGGAAGGCGGCCGCGCCGAAGGGGGGAGCGCGGGAGUGGCGGAGAGGCGGAUCACCCGCGGGAUCGCCGCGCGGAUGAGUCUGCAGAAGCAGUUUGAGGGGGUCUCGGAGCCAGAGGGCGCGGAGGCGCGGGGGAAGGGCGCGGAGGUUGAGGGGGAAGGUGUGGGUGAGGGGGAGAAGGCGCGGGGAAGGAAGAGAGGGGUAGCGGAAGCGGAUGGGGUGAGGAGAUCCAAGAGGCUGAGCAGAAAGAGAGGAUGGGACAGUGAGGAGGAGGAGGAAGAAGGAGAGGAAGGGGAGGAGGGGGGUGAGGGAGGAGAGGAAGAGGAAGCGGAGGAGGAAGAGGAGGAAGGAGAUGAUAACGGAGAGCAAGAGGAAGAAGACGGGGAGGAAGAAGAGGAGCGGUGGGAUGAGGAGGGAGGGGAAGAAGCAGAGGAAGAGGGGGAAGAAGCAGGUGAAGAACAGGAGCAAGAGCAGGAUGAGGAGGUGGAAGAGCAGGAGGAGGAGGAAAAGGUGGGGGGCUGGGAGGAGAGAGGAAAGGAGGGAGGAGAGGAGGGGGCUGACCAAGAUGAGGGGGAAGCACACGAGGAGGACGGGGAGCAGGGGGAGGAAAGUGGGGACUUGGGAGGUAUGGGAAGGGAGGGUCUGGGCGCUGUUGGUGCUGCAGCAGAGGAGGGUGGAGGUAUCGCUGGGGUCGGUGCAACUGUGGCGGUUACAGUUGGGACAGGUACAACUGUGGCGGUUACAGUUGGGACAGGUACAAGUGGGGAAGGGGGGGCAGUCAUGGGGGAGAUUUCUGAGGGUGAGGGGGGAAGAAAGUCAGCGGUUCCGGAGGGAAGAGCGGUAGAAGAGGAGGAGGGAGCAGUGGCAGUGGCGGAAGAGGGAAGGGCGGGGCUAGGGGCAAAGGACGGAGACGCGGGGUCAGGGGACGAGGUAUUGGGUCUGGGAGGAACGGUGGGGGUGCACGAGGCAGGCUUGGAAGCAGGUCAGGAGGGGGCAGGGGAGGGUGAGGUGCGGGGAACAGGUGGGGGCGAGAUGCAUGUGGCAGUGAGGGACGGGGGUAAUGAUGCAGGAGGGGGGAGUAAGACAGGAGAGGGGAGUGGGACAGGAGGUGUGGAGCGUAUAGCAGGUGGUGAUGGGAGUGGAGGUGUGGUGGCAGUGGUGGAAGGGGGUAAUGAGGCAGGAGGAGGAGGGAAUCACAUAGAAUGUGUGGGCCGUUUGACAGGUGGUGACGGGGGAGGGGGUGUGGUGGGUGUGCCUGGGGUGGAGGGAAGCGAGCAGAACGAGGUCAGCAUGGUGGGGACAGAAGGAGAUGAUGCCACAAGGGGGGGUGACAGUAACGAGGGGGCUUGCCUAGCGCUCGUUACUGUGGAGAGGACACUCCGGGGGUUGGACGUCAUACAGCAGGCUGUAGUAAAUGAAACAAAUCGUGUUAUAGAUAGUGCAACGGAGCAUGCUAUAGCGAGUACAAUAGAGCCUGCAGUAGAACCAGCAGAGGAGGGAGGAGGGGCAAAGCUGGGAGCAGGAGAGCGUGAUGAGCUCUUGCUGAUUGGGGACACUUCAGAGGAGGAAGGGGAGGAGGAGGCAGAUGAAGCUGAGAAAUGGACGGUGUGGGGAUUCGAUCUCCGAUUCGAACUCAAAUCUAGGGAGCAGGAGGAGGAGUAUUACUAUCAGUUCAUGGGUCAAAUGAGAGAAGCAGGAGGGGUUGGAGGGUUCAACCUACUCUUUCCUGGUUCUGCUGCUGGCCGCACCACCAACCUCUGGAAAAAAAGGUUUCUCAGGGCCAAUCCGCACCUGGUUCUGGGCUGGGAUUAUGCGCGGCAGCAGGAUUUGAACCCGGAUCUUCUGGGAGCAGCAAUUGCAGGGCCAGGUGCUGAGGCAACACCAGUUAAGACAUUGGUUCCCUGGGCCACUGACAGUGCUGGGGUGGUGGGAGGGGAAGGAGUGAACCUGGGCGGAAGCGGAGUGGGGGGUGCAGGGCUGGCUGUCACUCCGGUUGCUGCUUUGGGAGGGGCACAGGCGGGUCAGUCUCACUUGGGGGUGGGGGGUGCAGCAGCCAUACACACGCCCAUGCACCCGGAAGCACUCAGACAGUUAGACCAUCUGGGGGGUGUGCGCUCUGCCUCACCAGGCCUUCCAGGGACGUUCGGAACACCAGGUGCGGUUGGCGGUUCGGGAGCGGUUGGGGGUUCAGGGGGGUAUGGAGCGGCAGGAGGAUUUGGGGGUUCAGGAGGGUAUGGGGCGUCAGGAGCAGGUGGAAUGUCAGUGGCGUAUGGGCCGUCAGUACGGGUUGGGGCAGAGGAGGCUGCAAGGGAGGGUUGGGGGAGGGAAUCAGCAGGGAAAGCAGAUGCAGCAGCGCGAGAGGCAGCAGCAGCAGCAGUGGCAGCAGCAGUAGCGGCCAGGGAGGCGGCUAGGAGGGAUGCAGAGGCGCGGGAGGUGGUGAGGAGGGAAGCAGCAGCGCGGGAGGCAGAGGCAAGGGAGCAGAUGAUGAGAGAGGAGAAGGCGAGGAGGGAGAGUGCUGCGAGGGAUAGAGAAAUGAGGGCGGCUGCACGAGCCGAGGCAGAGAGACGGCAAGAGAGAGAAGUGGCAGAGCGGAAACGGGAGAGAGAAGAGGCGGUGAGACGGGAGAGGGAAGAGUUUGAGCGGAGAAAGCAGAGAGAAGAGGCUGACGCAAGGGCAAAGGCGGAAGAGAAGGCGAGAGGGGAGGGGGAAGGUGUGGGGAGGGCGGAGAGGGAAGGGAAAACGAAGGCUGCGAUUAUCAUGAGGAGGCGUGCUGAGGUGGAAGCUAAUGCGAAGGCUGCUGCUGAAGCAGAGGCGAAGGGAAAGGGUGAUGCGGAGGAAAGGAGAAGGGAGGCUGCCAGAAAGGCUGAAGAUGAGGAGAGAAGAAGAGAGGCCGAAAGGAAAGCCACAGCCGAGAGAGAAGCAAAGGAACAGGCAGAGGCAGAGCGAGCAGCAAAGGAAAAGGCUGAUGCGGAGAGGGUUAAGGCAGAGAGAGAGGCCAAGGAGAAGGCAGAGAGAGCUAGAGUGGAAGCAGAGAGGAGGUCUAGCAGAGUGAGGGAGGCGAAGGAAAAGACAGAGGCAGAAACGAAGGCAAGGGCUGACGAAGAAAAGGACAGAUUAGAAAGGGAAUUGAAAGAGACGGCAGAAGCGGAGGAGAGGACACAGAGUGAGGCAGCAAGGGGAACGGGCUCUGAGCUGGUUCAAAAGGGCGAGAGGGUUGUGAAAGUGCGGUUUGGAAGCCGUGUGGUUGCCCGGGUGGAGUCGGGAGGACGGGGGCGAGAGGGGAGUGACGGGUGUGUGAAUGAGGAAGGGGGUGCAGGGGAGGGAAGGAGUGAGGGUGGAGUGGGGAAGAGUAGAGAACGGGAAAGGAGGAGAGGCAAGAGGAAGGCGGAAGGUGAGGGUGUUGGAUUGGAGCGUGGGGAGAGGGGUGAGAGGGGGGAGAGGGGGGAGAACGGAGAGAGGAGGGUUAGGAGAGAGAAUGGUACAGUGGAAAGAGGUGCAGAGGAGAUGGAGAGUGAAGAGAAUGCAAAGGCAGAGAGGAGGGGCUAUGUGAAUGCAGGUGUGGAUGAUGGUCGCAGGGAUGGGAGCAGGAAGAGGGUGAAGAGAAUAAAAAUAUUGCCUUUAGCUGGGAUAGAGAUGGGUGGAAGUAGGGGCAAAGAAGUGGAGAGGGGGAAGGAGGUGGAGAAGGGGAAGGAGGGGGAAAGAGGGAAGAAUAGGGGGGAAAGGAGUGGAGGAAGAAGGGGAGAGGGCCGGGGGAGCAGAGGAAGGAAGAAGAGAGCAAAAGGGAAUGGGGAGGAAGGGGAUGGAGGGGAAGAGAGGGAGGGGGACGAAUCAGAGGGGCAAAAGAGUGAUGGAGAGGAAAAUGGAGGUGAAGGGAAUGGGGGGGACGAUGAUGGGGGGAAUGAUGGUGGGGGGAACGGUGGUGGGGGGAACGGUGGUGGGGGAAAUGGCGGUGGGGGAAACGGUGGUGGGGGAAACGGUGGAGGGGGGAAUGAAGGGGGCAAUGGGGGGAAUGACGGCGGUGGCAACAAUGGGAGAGAUGAUAAGGGAAGCAAUGGGAGGAGAGAUGAUGAGGAGAACGGAGGAGAAGGGGAAGGGAGGGAAGGCGAAGGGGAAGAGGAUGCGGAGGAAAGAGGUGGGGAGCAAGGAGAUGAGGAUGAUGAUGUUGAAGGGGGGGAGAAGGGCGGGGCGGAGAAAGGUAAUGGACAGGAGGAGGGGAAAGUGGAGGAUAGAGGGGGGCAGGAAGGAAAAGAGGUAGGGAAAGUUGAAGGAGGUAUAGAGGCUGGAGGGAAGGAGGAAGAGGAGGAGGAAGGGAAGGGGGAAGGAGAGGCGGAAGGAAAGGAGGAAGUAGGGAAGGAGGAAGGGAAGGAGGAAGGCAGGAAGGAGGAAGGGAAGGAGGAGGAAAGUGGAAAAGAGGAGGAAAGAGGGAAGGAGGAAGGAGAGGAUGAAGGGGAGGAUGAGGAUGAAACAGGAAGGAAAGCGGGAGCUGAAGUGGAGGGAGCGAGGGAAAUGGAAGUAGAAAAAGAGUCAGGGAAGAUUCUCGAUUCAGGGCAGGGUUGCAGCAGGGCAGCAGCGAGCCGCGCGGCAGCAGAUUCUGGAGCCAUGGGGAGGGAUGAGGGCGGAGGGAUGGAGAUGAAAGUACCAGAACAGCAGGGGAGAGAGAUGAAAGUAUCAGAACAGCAGGGGAGAGAGAUGAAAGUAUCAGAACAGCAGGGGAGAGAGAUGAAAGUAUCAGAACAGCAGGGGAGAGAGAUGAAAGUAUCAGAACAGCAGGGGAGAGAGAUGAAAGUAUCAGAACAGCAGGGGAGAGAGAUGAAAGUAUCAGAACAGCAGGGGAGAGAGAUGAAAGUAUCAGAACAGCAGGGGAGAGAGAUGAAAGUAUCAGAACAGCAGGGGAGAGAGAUGAAAGUAUCAGAACAGCAGGGGAGAGAGAAGCGGGGAUGCAGCAGGGCAGUUGCGACCUCUGUGGAUGCAUGUGCGGGACCUGUGGGGGUGGAGGAGGGCGGAGGGAGGGGGAUGAAAGUAGAGGCACAUCAAGGGAGACGUUGCCAGGGUAGUGUGGAUUUAAAAGGUGCAGUUGUAAGGGAGGGUGAGGGAGGAGGAAGUGGGGAGAGCGAGGGGGGCAGUGGGGAGAGUGGGGGAAAGAGUGGGGAGAAGAGGGAGGGAAGUGAGGAGAGGGAGCGUGCUGAGCAGGGCAGAAACGGGAGGGAGAACGAGAGGAAAAGGGAGGGGACAGGGAAUGAGGGGAAGGGAGACGAGGGGAAAGGAGAUGAGGGGAAAGGGCAUGAGGGGAAAGGGCAUGAAGCAAAAGCGGAUGACGGGAAAGGGAUUGAAGGGAAAGGGACUGAAGGGAAAGAAAUUGAGCGGAAGGGUUGUGAGGAAGAGGAGAUUAAGAGGAGUGGGAAUGAAGAGAAGGGGAAUGAGGGGAAGGAGAAUGAGGAGAAAAGAGAUGAGCUUAAAGCGCUUGAGGCAAAAGGGCUUGUGGGGAAAGCAGAUGAGGGGACAGGGAAUGAGGGGAGGGAAAAUAAGGGGAGUGGGAGUGAGGUGAAAGGGGAUGAGGGGGGAGGGCACGAGGGAAAAGGGGAUAUGGGGAACGAGAUGGGGGGGGGAUUAUGCGAGGGGAAGGAGAUCUGGAUAAAGGAGAAUGAGGGGAAGGGGAAUGAGGGGAAGGGGAAUGAGGGGAAGGGGAGCGAGGGGAAGGGGAGCGAGGGGAAGGGGAGCGAGGGGAAGGGGAGCGAUGGGAAGGGGAAUGAGGGGAAGGGGAAAGGGGGAGGUCAUGCUGAUAUAGGGGAUGAGGAAAAGGGAAUCGAGGGGAAGAAGGUUUAUUGGAAGUGGCAAGAAGAGAAGGAAGAGGGGAAAACGACUGGGGAGAAAGGGAUUGAUGGAGAAACGAAGGGGUUGACAGAGAGUUCAGAGAAUAAGAACAAGGAUAGAGGAAAAAGGGGUAGUGCAAAGGUAAUUGUGGGAAAAAGGAGUGGGGAGGAAGGGAAAAUAGAGGAAGGGAAGAGGGAGGGGGAAAAGGUGGAGGAAGGGAAAUUGGAUGGAAGGAAAGUGGAGGAAGGGAAAGUGGAGGAAGGGAAAUUGGAGGAAGGGAAAUUGGAAGGGGAAAAGGUUGAAGAAGGGAGGGAAGAGGAAGGGAAGUUGGAGGAAACAGAGAUGGAGGAACGGAAAAUGGAGGAAGGAAAGAUGGAGGAAGGGAAAGUGGAGGAAGGGAAGAUGGAGGAAGGGAAGUUGGAUGAAAGGAAGUUGGAGGAAGGGAAAGUGGAGGAGGAAAAGGUUGAGGAAGGGGAGGAAGAGGAAGGGAAGGUGGAGGGGGAAAAGGUGGAGGAAGGGACAGUUGAAUCGACAGAGGAAACGACAGAGGAGGAUGGGGUAGAAUGGGUAGUAGGGGAAGGGGAGGAGGAUGAGGUGAGGAUGUGUGUGGAAGGGGAGGAGGAUGAGGUGAGGGUGUGUGGAGAGGAGGAAGAGGAUGAGGUGAAGGUGUGUGUGGAGGGCGAGGAGAAGGAUUCAGAGGGGUGUGUAGAGGUGGAGGAGGAGGCAGAGGGGUGUGUGGAGGUGCAAGGUGAAAUGGCAGAGGCGCCCUCUGUUGCCCCAGAUGCACCCCAUCCCACACCAGCAGCAGCCCAACCUUCAGGUGCCUCAGGUGCCCCCACCACCACCACCACGCUCCCCUCUCGCCCCUACCCCGGCCCGACCAAUGUCGAGCUGACAGCUGUCCCGAAGAACGUAAAAGCCCUCCUCGAAUCCGGCCUGCUGGACGGCAUCCCAUUGGUCUACGACGACGGCCGUAACCGCCUGCGCGGCGUGGUAACCAGCGGAGGGGUCGCCUGCGGGUGCCGCUCCUGCAGAGGCCGGCAGGUAGUCGCGUGCGCGGUCUUCGAGGUGCAUGCGGGGAGCGCGGCUAAGAAGGCGGUGAAUUACACGUUCCUGGAUGUGCCGUGCGCUGCGAAUGCGAGGGAGGGCGAGUGCAUGUCGGCUGCGGAGGCGGCUAGGCUGAGAGGCCCCUGCCUGAAGGAUAUUAUUCUGAUUGCGGGGUACGCGGCUGAUCCUGCUGCUGCGUCGGCGGAUGUGGAGCGGGAGAUGCGGCGGGCGUUCGGGGAAGGGGUGUGGGGCAAAGGAGGGGAGGAGGUGUGGGGAGGAGGGACGGAGGGGGAGUGGAGAGGAGGAGCGGAAUCCGGGAGGAUGGUUCGGGUAGAGGCGGUUGGAAGGGGCUCCCCUGCUGCUGCUGCAUGGUCACCUGCGGUAAUCCAAAGGUCACCGGGAGGAGUAAUCUCAAAAUCACCUGCUGGAGGGGUGCUUCCCAAGCUGCCUGGGCCGGCUGUGUGGUCCCCUGGCAGUGGCAGCAAGGCGGCAACUGGGGGAGGGGUAUCUGGCGGGGCAGGGGUGGCUGGGGGAGGUGCAGCUGGGGGCGGUGGUAUGGGAGAGGGUCAGGUGCGCAAGCAGCAGGGCAUGCCGGUCAGGAAGAGGGAGUCGGGGUCAACACACAAGGCAUUGUUCCGACCGGGAGGCAUAGAGGACGGAACCAGCCUUGGCUAUUACAUGAAGGGUCAGUGUCUGCUGCACGGUGUGAAGCAGGGCAGCGGCAUUCUCUGCAGCUGCUGCAACCAAGUGAUCAGCAGCUCUCAGUUCGAGGCACAUGCAGGGAAGGGCGGCCACCGCAACCCGCUCUUCUUCCUUCAAACUCCCUCCACCUUCCCUUCACCCACUCCCUUCACCCACUCCCUUCACCCACUCCCUUCACCCACUCCCUUCACCCACUCCCUUCACCCACUCCCUUCACCCAUCCUCCACCUCUCCUCUGCUCACCCACCCACCAGCUACAACCGCAUAUUCACCGACAACGGCUACAGCUUGCACGAACUCGCAAUCAGGCCCUUCAAUGACACCAGCUACAAUCACAGACUCCCUCACUCUCCCUUCACUGUCCCUUCACUGUCCCUUCACUCUCCCUUCACUCUCCCUUCACUCUCCCUUCACUCUCCCUUCACUCUCCCUUCACUCUCCCUUCACUCUCCCUUCACUCUCCCUUCACUCUCCCUUCACUCUCCCUUCACUCUCCCUUCACUCUCCCUUCACUCUCCCUUCACUCUCCCUUCACCCUGCUCCCUCCCGUGCCUCUCCGCACCCACCCACAGCUACAAUCGCAUUUUCACCGACGACGGCCACAGCCUACACGAACUCGCCAUCAGGCUCGCAGCCUCCCGGCCCCCCUGCACCCCUGCCUCGUUUGCUGCUCCUGGUACUGGUGCUACCGGUACUUCUUCUGCUGCAUCUGCUGGACACGGCACUGCGAGGAAGGGCAGCCUCAAGCGCGGAGGAGAAUCCCGAGACGCCCGCGACUCGUGUGAGUCGAGCCCGCGAGUACAUCUCAGCACAGACGGGAACGCGGACGGGCAUGCGGACGGGCAUGCGGACGAGUGCACCAACUGUGGCGAGGGCGGCACGUUGCUGCUCUGUGAGACGUGCCCAGGAGCCUACCACCCCGGCUGCGUGGGCCUACCCUCCAUUCCCGAUUCCGACUGGUUCUGCCCGACUUGCAAGCCGUCUACGGCCUUUUCAAGGCAUUUGGCUCCGCUCCCCCCGAGCGUGGGGAAGGGGGAGGGCGCGCGGGGGAAGGGGCGGGGCCGGGGCGCCUGGGGGAAGGGGAAGCGGAAGGGGGAGGCGGCUGGGGGGGAAGCGGCGGUGGGGGAGGUGGUGGAGGAGGAAGGGGCGGGGAAGGGUGCGGAGGGGUUGGGGGAGGUGGACGUAGAUGUAGAGCGGUGCAGACGGUUGGUGAAGGAGCUGGAGAGCGCAGGGGGAGGCUGCGUGCUGUGCCAUUCCGGGUCGCACGACUUUGUCCCAUCAGGUUUUGGCCCGCGGACGAUCAUAUUCUGUGAUCAGUGCGAGAAGGAGUAUCACGUGGGGUGUUUGAAGGAGCAUGGGGUGCAGGUGUUAGAGAGGCUGCCUGAGGGGAACUGGUUCUGCUGUGCAGCGUGUGAAGAGGUGUUCAAUGCGGUGCAGAUGGUUCUGGAGCGGGGAAGCAUGCAUUUGCCGGAUCUGCCGGACUGGGAGGAGAUGGAGGAGGCUCACCUGCUGGAGCCACAGCCAAUGCCGCGUGCUGCUGGUGCUGCUGGUGUUGUUCAGCAUAGCACCUCCUCCCAGCUUCGGGCGGCAACCUUUGACCUGACGCCGAACGCGUCCCAGGGCCGGGCGGCGCAGAGCAGGGCGCGGGGCGGCGAGCUGUCGUGGCAGGUGCUGAAGGGGCGGCGGGGGUUGGAGGCGAACGGGCUGACGCUGGGCGGCGUGUGUCAGCUGUUUGCAGAGUCGUUCGAUCCGAUCAAGGAUGCAUUCACGGGGAAAGAUCUCAUUCCCCUCAUGGUUCGCAGUCAACCCUCCCCUACCCCGCUCUCACCCCACCAGUCGCAGCAGCAGGGAGCACGAGUUUCAGGGCAUGCUGUGCUGUGUGUUGAAGCAGUGAGACCAGCGUGUCGCAGCAGCAGGGAGCACGAGUUUCAGGGCAUGCUGUGCUGUGUGUUGAAGCAGCAAGACCGCGUGGUGUGUGCAGCCUGCAUCCCUUGCCUCUCUCACCCCUCUCUCACCUGUUUCUCCCCCCACGCCUCUCUCCCCCCUCUCCCACCCACCAGUCGCAGCAGCAGGGAGCACGAGUUUCAGGGCAUGCUGUGCUGUGUGUUGAAGCAGCAAGACCGCGUGGUGUGUGCAGCCUGCAUCCCUUGCCUCUCUCACCCCUCUCUCACCUGUUUCUCCCCCCACGCCUCUCUCCCCCCUCUCCCACCCACCAGUCGCAGCAGCAGGGAGCACGAGUUUCAGGGCAUGCUGUGCUGUGUGUUGAAGCAGCGCGACCGUGUGGUGUGUGCAGCCUGCAUUCGCAUCUUCGGCCGCCAGCUCGCUGAGAUGCCCCUCGUUGCCACUGCCUACUCGCACCGCCGCCGGGGCCUGUGCAAGGUGCUGCUGAAUGCACUGGACGUGCUCUUCUCUCUCCUCGGAGUGAGCAAGUUCUGCCUGCCAGCAGCACCAGGAGCAGAGGGCACGUGGAUCAAGGGAUUCGGAUUCUCAGUCAUGACUGAAGAAGAGGUCACACAGGUGCAUCGGGACUUUCCGCUCCUCGUCUUCCCCGGGUCUGUCAGCGUGGUCCGGCGCGUCCCGAGCCUGCCCUGGGCCUACCGCAAGGCUGCCGAGCUUCAGGAAGUGACAGCAGCAGAGGAGGACGAGGAGGAGGAAGAAGAGGAGGAAGAGGAUGAGGAUGAAGAUGAGGAUGAGGAUGAAGAUGAGGGUGAGGAGGAGAUGGAUGGUGAGGAAGAGGAGGUGGUGAUUGGGAAGAUGCAAAGGCGUGGUGAUGGGACUGGGAGGCGGGAGAGGGAGAGGAAUGGGAUGGUGGGGGAUAAGCAGCAGGUGCCGCCACUGUUUGUGGUGGCGGUUGAAGAGAAGAGCUAUGACCCGUCCGUGUGGGAUGUGGGAAGGAGUGAGGAGAAGGAACCGAGAGUUAGUGGUGAGGAGAAGGGAACGAGAGUGGGUGAUGAGGAGGAGGAAAAGAGGGUGAGUGAUGAGAAAGGAAUUAGGGAAAGUGACAAGGAGGAAAAGAGGGUGAGUGAUGAGAAGGGAAUUAGGGAAAGUGAUCAGGAGGAGGAAAAGAGGGUGAGUGAUGAGAAGGGAAUUAGGGAAAGUGAUAAGGAGGAGGAAAAGAGGGUGAGUGGUGAGGAGGGAAGUAGGGGGAGUGAUGGGGAGGAGCAGAAGGGGAUAUGUGACCUGGAAGGGCAAGAGGAAGAGAGGAGGAGAAAGAAGAGACACGUGUCAUUUGCAAGUGACUCGCUGGGACCUGAUGCGAGUGGUGCUGAUGUGGGUGCUGCUGAUGUGGACAGUGCUGACAUGGCAGGUGCUGACGUGGCGGGUGCUGACACGGGAGGUGCUGGCAUGGAUGGUGUCGACAAGGGAGGGAAGAAAGAAGCAGCAGGGGAGGAACGAGAAGCGAAGCGAGCGAGGUGGGGCGAUAAUUCUCACGAGCAGACCAGAGGCCAGCAGCAGGGAGUGCAGGGGGGCCAGGAGAAGCAGAAGCAGCAGGAGGAUAAGGGGGAAAAGGAGGAGAGAUUGGGGUUGAACGAAGAGCAGUUGGGGACGAAGGGGGAGCAGUUGGUGGAAAAGGGGGAGAAAUUGGGCAAAAAGGGGGAGCAAUCGGAGAAGAAGGAUGAGAAAUUGAGGGGAUUGGGGGAGCAUUUGGAGGAGAAGGGGGAGCAAUACGGGGAGGAUUGGGGGAAGCUUCAGGGCGCCCAGGUGAAGCAUGUUGACCUGGUCAAGCGACAGGGAAUGCCCGUUCAUGGCAGGGUCAUUCCCGUGAUGGCAGGCAAAAAAGGAGGACCGUUUGUGCUUUCUAUCAAGCGAAAGAGACAAGAAGGGUGGAGGCAUAAAAGAGAAAGGGGCUGGGGUGCGGUGCUUGGGAUCGGGAGGGAUCGGGAGGAGGAGAGGAAGGCAAAUCGCUUAGAAGGUAAUUUUCCGGAGGAUAAGCACUUGGGGGGUGAGAAACUAUUCGUUGUUAAAAAUCGAUUUGUUGUUAAACACACCGAAGAGGGAUUGGAAGGUGAAGAGGAGGACGGUUUUGAGGCGGAGAUUCUGAGAGCAGUGGAAGAUGAUGACGAUGGGGUGAACACGCGGGAGGGGGGUGGCGAGAAGAGGGAGGAUAGGGGGGACAGGGAGGAGAGUGAGGAGAGUGAGGAGAUUGGGGGGGGUAGAGCAAAGAGGAGGCGGAUUGAGAGCAAAAGCUGGGUGGGGAGAAGGAGGGUGAGGGAGAGUGGGGCAAGGAGGAGGGGGCGACGGAGGGUAGUGGAGGAAAAGGAGGAGGCGGAGGAGGAGGAGGAGAAGGAGGAGGAUGAGCAGGAGGAGGAUGAGAAGGAGGAGGAGAAGGUGGAGGAGAAGGUGGAGGAUGAAGAGGAGGCUGAGGAAGAUGAGGAGGAUGCAGAUGAGAAAGAGGAGGUGGAGGGUGGGGAUGGGGAUGAGGAAGAGGAGGUGGAGGAAGAGUUUGAGGAGCUUUUUGAGAUCGAUGGGGAGGACAGAGGAUGGGGCAUGGCUGAUGGAGGAAGGCGAGGGAAGAGAGAAGCUUUUGAGAAUUCUCAAAAACCAGCUGGUGAUAUUGCUGGGGAGGAGGAUAGAGGAUGGGGCAUGUCUGGUGGAGGAAGGCGAGGGGAGAGAGCAGCAAGGGCGAGACGAGACGGUGGCAGGCGCGAUGAUGGUGUGGGGAGGAGCAGGAUGGAAGCUGAAGAGGUGGAGGAGGGGCGUGGAGAGGAGGAGGGGAGUGGUGAUGAGGAGGGGAGUGGAGAGGACGGGAGUGGAGAGGAGGGGAGUGAAGAGGGGGAGUGGGGUGGGAAGGAGGAAGUAAGUAGCAUGUGUGGGGAGGGACGGCGAGGGGAGAGGAAGCAGACCGGGUUGGAUCUUCUAAUGAGGCGAGCAAGUGAGAAGGAUGAGAAGGACGGAGAGAAAGGGGUGGAGGAGGGUGGGAAAGGUUUGAUAAUGGAUAUUGCAGUGGAAGGGGUGAUGGACGGUGUAGUGCGGUUGAGAAGCACAGAGGAGGUGACCAACGCCGCAGUGCGGUGUGGGGAGCGGGCGGGCGGGGGUGCUCGUCGUGCGAGGAGAGGGAGAGGGCGGCACAAGGAGAGAGAGGUUUGUGGCGACGGGGACUGGAAUGGUGGGGACGAGAGUGGGUUUGUGGGGGACAAGGCAAAAUGGGGGAAAUUAGAGGCGAAAGAAUCAGGAGGAGGAUUGAAAGAGGAGGAAGAGGAGGACGAAGAAGGGGAAAAGGAGGAAGAGGAGGAAGAGGAGGAAGAGGAGGAGGAGGAGGAGGAGGAGGAGGAGGAGGAGGAGGAGGAGGAGGAGGAGGAGGAGGAGGAGGAGGAGGAGGAGGAGGAGGAGGAGGAGGAGGAGGAGGAGGAGGAAGAAGAGGAGGAUGUAUAUGAGCCUGAUGAUCGAAUUGCUGCUGGGUCAGGGAGGGGGAGAGGGAGAGGGAGGGGCAGGGGAAGGGGGAGGGGUAGGGGGAGGGGCCGGGGCCGGGGCAGAGGUAGAGGCCGAGGCAGAGGGAGGGGCAGGGGCAGAGGAAGCGGUAUGACAAGCGCGAGAAGGGAGAGAAGAGAGAGUGAACAGGAGGGAGUGGAUGGUGACUCAAUUGAUGAAGCAAGCGGUGGCGAAGGAGAGGAGGAGGGGAGUGAGUCUGGGGAGGAAGAAGCAGAGGGGGAAGAGGACUGCUAUUCGCCUGAGGGGAGAAGUACCAUCCGGUUGGGGAGGGGGAGAGGCAGGGGGCGGGGGAGGGGGAGAGGUCGGGGCAGAGGCAGGGGCAGGGGCAGAGGAAGGGGAGGGGUGCUGAAAGGUACUGAUGGUGCUUAUAAUGAUGGUGCUUAUACUGAUGAUGCUCUUGGCCGGCCUGUGGAAGAUGCUUCAGGGCUUGGGAAGGGUGAAGGGCAGGAGAGUGGGGAGAGAGGCGGUGAUGGGGAGGGAGAUGAUGGAUCGGGGAGUGAGAGUGAGGGCAGUGUAAGUGAUGAGGGUGAUGGUAAAGGGGGAGAAGCAGGGGUAGGGAGAGGAGUUGCAGUGGGGGGGAUAGGAGGAGCAGUGGGGGGGAUAGGAGGAGCAGUUGAUGGGUUGGAGAAAGGGAGGGAGAGAGGCCAGGGGGUAGGGAAUGGUAGCGGGCUAGGGAGAGGGCGAGGCAGGGGGGUGGCUAUAGGGGGGGUGACUGUGGGAAGAGGGUAUAGGCAGCAGGUUAUGUUCGCCGGGCAGAACGGCAAGUUGGAGCUAAGAACAAAGCCGGAUUGA